CUGUUGUUGAUAAUACACACAAAUCUACUCAAAAUUGGCUAAAACAAUUUGAAUUAUAUCGUCAAAAUACAAAUCUUCCAGGAACUAUUGAAGACAUUGCUGAUGUUAAACAAUUAGAAGAUGAACUUAUUAAAUAUUUUACAGUUAUGAGAAAAAAUAAUGAAACUUUUUAUUCCACCAAAGCUUCUAAUUUUAUUAAACAAAAAAAUGAAGAAGGUUAUAUUGUAAAGAUUUAUAAAUCCAAGACAAAUCAAAGAACAGCAAAUUGUCCAGGACAAGCAGAAACUUUCAAUAUUCCCAAUUUAUCAGAUGUUAUAGAAACUUAUGACAAAUAUUUUUCUAAAAGACCAUUAAAUGCUGAUAAAGAAUUUUAUCUUCAACCUAUUGAAGAUAUUGGUCAAA